AUGUCCAUUGCUUUCAGAACACCGGGAAAUUACACGUGCAACUCGUGCCAGAUCGUGCUGCCCACGGCCGAUGUGCAGAGAAUCCACAUGAAGACCGACUGGCACAGAUACAAUCUGAAACGGCGGGUUGCUGGACUCACUCCGGUGGAGUCUGUUAUCUUUCAGUCGAAAGUUGCUCUUCAGCAGCGGCAGGAUGCUUUUAAUGCCACCCAGGACGAGUUUGGGUUCUAUGUGCACAAAAAGACAACUAGUGGCCGCCGUCAGCCGACGAAAAAGGACGCAAAACGACAAAGAAGACGAGACUCUGGUGCUGGCCGUCGCGCCGAUCGACGCGCCCUAUCUCCAGCCGGGUCUGUUGCGUCAAGAGUGAGCGAGUUUUCUCUUGGCACGGUGAACAGCGGGGUGGACUCCGAGUACACGCUGGAUGAUCUUGUUUCUGAUCGGGCCGACAGCGAGUUUGAGUUCGCCAGCACUACAGAGGUCUCGGAUACAGACGAUUCCGACGGCUAUUCUACGGAGGAGGAAGAAGAGGUGGUUUUGACAAACUGUUUCUACUGCGGAGCCGUCUACGAUGACGAAGAGGCUAACGUUGCGCACAUGUCGAGUUAUCACGGGCUUUUCAUCCCGGAAAAAGAGUAUUUGACGGAUCUGAGUGGCCUGCUCCAGUAUCUUGGAGACACGCUGAUCUUGCAUAAGGAGUGUCUCCGGUGUGGAUUUGUCGGCAAGAACACUGAGAGCAUACGGCAGCACAUUCGCAGCAAGGGUCAUUGCGUGAUUCCGUACGAGACGCGGCCGGAACGGCAGCUUAUUGAGAAAUUUUACACUUUUGACGAAGACGAUUUGACCACAGUUAAAAUUCUUCCUAGCGGCAUUGAGCUACCGGACGGACGAGUUCUUGGAAGCCGGUCGUUCUCCAAAUACUACAAACAAAGUUUUCCGCGCAGAGACAGAGAGGUUGGCGAGGGAGAACAGACCAUGACGUUGAUGGUGGCAGACCGCAAGGCGGAGUUUGCCGCGGUGGCUCGGCCGGUGAUCGAGACGAGAAGAGAAAAGGUGAGUCUGCGGCAGAUCCGCAAACAAAACAACCUUGCACAUUUCAGAGACCCGUUGAAUUGA